UGCUGAGUACCCUGACCUGCGGAAGCACAACAACUGCAUGGCCAGCAACCUGACGCCAGCCAUCUACAGCAGGCUCUGUGACAAAGCAACCCCAAAUGGCUGGACCUUGGACCAGUGCAUCCAGACGGGUGUUGACAACCCCGGCCACCCCUUCAUCAAGACUGUGGGCAUAGUAGCUGGCGAUGAAGAAAGCUACGAGGUGUUUGCUGACCUGUUCGACCCCGUGAUCCAGGAGCGGCACAACGGCUUCAACCCGCGCACCAUGAAGCACUUCACAGACCUGGACGCCACAAAGGUGCAGGAGCUGGGCAGCGGCGCUGCGCACAACAAUGAGAAAACCUUCCUGAUCUGGAUCAACGAGGAGGACCACACGCGCAUCAUUUCUAUGGAGAAGGGUGGCAACAUGAAGCGUGUCUUUGAGCGGUUCUGUCGUGGCCUGAAGGAG